AUGACCCGAUGGAAACCGGACUUCAAGAAGAGCAAAUGGUUCACGAGAGGCUGGACACUGCAAGAACUAAUUGCGCCAACGAAGGUCGAGUUCUUUUCCCAAGAAGGCGAACUUCUAGGCGAUAAGUUGUCUUUGCAGCAGACUCUUCAUGAAAUAACUGGCAUCGCUCUUGACGCUCUUAAAGGAGGCCCUUUAGGUAACUUCAGCAUCGAAGAGCGAUUGCUAUGGGCAGCGAAACGCACCACCAAGCGGGAGGAAGACGCAGCGUAUUCGUUGUUCGGUAUUUUUGAUGUUCAUAUGUCCCUUAUUUAUGGUGAGGGGCGGGAAAAGGCCACCAAGCGUCUUCUUCGAGAGAUCCAAGAGCAUUGGAAGCUCCCAAUAAUCAAGGGCGUCAGCAGUUAUCAGAGUCGAGAAGAACAGUUGCGUACCGUACAGCAAUGGCUAUCCGCAGCCGAUCCAUCUUCCAAUUACCAGCAAGCACUAAGUAAACGCCAGGAGAAUACGGGCCUUUGGCUUACGGAGAGUGAACAAUACCAGAAGUGGAAAACGUCUUCAGUCUCUUUCCUGUGGCUUUACGGCAUUCCAGGUUCUGGGAAGACGAUACUGUCCUCGACGAUCCUUCGCGACAUCUUCAGCUCUCAUGGAAGCAAGCCGUCAACAAUUGUCGUGUACUUUUACUUUGAUUUCAACGACGCGCAGAAGCAAAGCACGGACUCAAUGCUUAAAUCAUUGGUCUAUCAGCUCUUGCAGCGAGUCAAAGAUAUCCCGUCCCGUCUUGAUAGCUUGUACCCCCCACAUGGAUCUGGACGGCAGCAGCCGACAUCAGAAGCACUUCUAAAUACCAUUCGCGAAUCGAUACAGAAGUUUGAACAAGCAUACAUUGUGUUAGAUGCCUUGGACGAAUGCUCUCAACGUGUGGAACUCAUGCAUGCCCUCGCAACAAUAAGCAAUUGGCGCCUCGAAAAUAGCCAUUUCGUGGUUACGAGUCGCAGGGAGCGAGAUAUUGAGAGUGGUCUUGCCGUGUUUGGGGUGCUUGGGAACAGUGUAUGUCUAAGUAGCAGUGUGGUCGACGAAGAUAUACGCCACUAUGUCCGUCAACGAUUGUCAGACGACUUGGGGCUGAAGAAAUGGAGCCAGGAUCCCAAUCUACGGGAACAAAUAGAAACAGCUUUGGUAGAAGGCUCCCAGGGAAUGUUUCGAUGGGCUGUGUGCCAGCUGGACACGCUUAGGAAGUGUCGCAAUCGAGCAGGGUUGCGGAGAUCAUUGGCGACGUUGCCGCAAACUCUGGAGCAAACAUACGACCGGAUUCUCCACAAGAUUACUCAAGAAGAUUCUAUCUACGCUAUUCGCGUUCUGCGAUGGCUGACGUUCGCCGAACGACCGCUCUCAUUACAUGAAAUCGCGGAAGCUGUGGCCCUUGUUGUAGGUCGUACUCCCGUUUUUGAUAAGGAAGAGGUGCUCCAAGACCCGAUGGAGAUCCUUGAUAUCUGCUCAAGUUUGGUCACUGUCAGAGACAUGCGGGAUGGGGAGGAUGGUUGGCCGGCGCAGAUCGUUGUGCUUGCACAUUUCUCCGUCAAAGAACAUCUCCUCUCCCACAAGCUACAAGCAAGCGAUCUAAAUCGGUACGCCAUGCACCAUCAGGCCUGCCACAGCAUGUUAGCGAGAUCUUGUCUUGAGUAUCUCCUUCAAGUCCUGCGGUUCGAUCUAGACUCUCGACAUAGAGAGCGCACAAAACUUUUAAGUUACUGCUCAGAACACUGGACGGAUCAUGCUGAAGAGGCCGGAGGCUGGGAUCCAGAAACCGCUAAGACGGCUGUUCGAUUGUUGUCUAUGACUGGUUCUGCAUACGAAAAAUGGUUGCAACUGUACAGUCCGGAUCGUCCCUGGAACUUUUACCUCCUUAGCAAGUCAGUUAGUAAUACUGCUCUUCCGCUGUAUUAUGCAGCGCUAUUUGGCGUUGCCGAUGUCAUAGUGCUACUGCUUGAGAGUGGUGCUGAUGUCAAUGCUGAGGGUGGCGAAUACGGCACUGCACUCCAUGCAGCAGCAAUCUGCGGCCAUGAACGAACAGUGGAGUUACUAAUUGCCCAUGGUGCUCAUAUAAACACAUCAACCCCUCAUCAUGGCAGUGCGAUUCAGGCCGCCUCGGAGGUCGGCCAUGAGUGGGUGGUCAAGCGUCUCAUCGAGGCUGGAGCUGAGAUUAAUGCACGAGGUGGGAUAAAUGGCAGUGCCCUUGACUUGGCUAUCGGUAACAACCAUAACGAUGUUGUCGCAUUGCUUCUCAAAAAUGGAGCAGAGUUGGAAACUCUGAACCGUGACGGAGUAAGCCCUUUGACUGGUGCAGCUUGCAUCGGACACAAUGGUAUCAUAAAACUGCUUCUCAGCCAUGGAGCUACAAUAUCAGCAACAGAUGGCAAGGGGUGGACUGCUAUCAACUCCGCGUCUAUCAGAGGGCAUUCUGAGACUGUGAAAGAUGCUUGGACGCCUGUUUAUUCCGCCUCAUUCCAGGGCAACUACGAAGUGGUGAGAUUACUUCUAUCGGCAGGGGCAGACAUCUCGCUCCCAAAUGAUGACGGUUGGACACCACUUCUCGCAGCCGUUGACGGCAAUCAUUACAAUGUGGUCAAAGUGCUGCUGGAGCACGACAUGCGUGAUGCAUACAUCAAGGCUCAGUCGAAAGACGGCCACUCAGCGCUGUCUCGUGCCGCAGAGAAGGGCUUCGCAACUAUAGUUGAACUGCUACUUGCGAACGGGGCUAGCGCCGUCCAAGAGGACUUCCAUGGGUCCCAGGCCAUUUCAUACGCAGCUGUCGUUGGUUCCCUUGCCGUCCUGAAACUAUUACUCGACGUCUCUCAAGUCGGGCCUAAUCACACCGACCGUUAUGGUCGCUCAGCGCUGUGGUGGGCAGCGUCGUGCGAUCGACCAAAAACAGUCAAAUUUCUACUACAUGAAAUACACUGCGAUCCUAAGAUAGCAGACGCCUGUGGUCGAACACCACUGAUGAUAGCUGCCAGGCGAGGUUACCAAGAUAUAGUCGAUGUUCUACAAAUAUACGACGGUAAUGUGGUUGACAAAAACGCAGAUCUUGAAACUGCAACGAUUCGAUCCUCUGGCAGCACAGCCCUUAUGUGCGAUAUCUGCGAAUAUAAACCUCUGAAGCUGGACACGCUGCUGCAUAAUGGCAAUCGACCAAUAAACCGAUCAAUUCGAUGCACAAGCUCAAUCUACAAAUACGACAGUCUACGAAGAAAUCCCUCAGCUGCUGCCUUGCUAAACUAA